AUGUUUAUUAUGAUUUAUAUGGUAGUGGGCUCUGUGAUAUUCUACUUCCUCGAAUCGUCGACCGAUCAAGAAAGUAAAGACGAACAAUAUCGGAUAUAUAUCCGAGAACGCGAGCUUCUCCGACGUCGCAUGGAUGAGAUCUUUCACGACCGUGCGGCGCGACGACGAGAAAUUCGACUUCGUUUUAUCGACGACGCUGUAGACUAUUUUCAACAGCAGGUCGGAUACACGGUCAGCAAUGAGUCACAAUGGAGUUUGAUGUCAGCUAUGUAUUACUCGGGAACCCUGUUCACAACUAUCGGAUACGGUGACAUAGCAUGUGUGACAGUAGCAGGUCGAAUUCUUACCGUAAUUUACUCAUGUGUGGGUAUUCCACUAAUGCUCAUCACACUAAACGAUUGCGGAAAAUUCCUUUAUAACAACAUCAACGGUUGUGUGAAGAAUGUGGAGACUUUUGGCACCUAUUUGGGUGUGUUCCGUAUCUGCUCAAAGAGCCGUAGAAAAGAACCGAAGGGUGAUGAGGUGGAUAUGGCAGAACGGGGUGAGCUACAGACAAUUGACGCCUCGUCGCUGGCUUCAGAAUUUGGCAGCUUACCCUCGAUUCGAGACAUUGAUGAAGAAAAUGAUGAGAAAUCACCUCGAAUGAGUGUA